GUGGCCACUGCGCACAGCAAGCAGCAGCCCACUCUCACCCCUACACGCACACCAGACAGCGGCGGCUACCGCACCCGUCCUUACACUGGCCGGCGGCGGUAUGAGAUCUCCGCUCAGCUCCCGGCCUGACACCGCCCGGCUCUGGGCCGCGGCCAGUGACGUCUCCGUGUGAUGUUCCUGUGUGAAACGUCAGCACAGCGCGACUAUCGGCCACCCCACAGUCACAGUCACAGUGCUGCUGGGUGGCAGGGGAGUAUAUCUGGCCGCACACCUCCCGACGAAAACGACGCGGGGAGCACAUCACCCAUGCAGGUCAGAUCACAUUCUGUGCACACCUGGUGUAGAAGUGCAGGUUGCAAAAACUGGGAGCAAAUAAAGCUCUUCCUCAAUGGAUGAGAGGAAGAUGAAAAGGAGGAGUCCCAAGUCCUCUACUAGUCAUCCUCCACUGGUGAAUUCCAAGAAAAACUCUGUCCCACUCAGCAAAAGUGCUGGCUUUUCCAAUGCUGUGCCACAGCCCGCUGUGCAGAAACCAAAGCUGAAAAGAGCGAUCAAAGAAAAAUCUAAAUCUCAGGGAGAAGGCAAAGGUGCUUCCUCAGCCCCUAUUCAGCACUCUUUCCUUACAGAUGUGUCUGAUGUGCAGGAGAUGGAGAAAGGUCUUUUGAGUCUUCUCAAUGACUUCCACUCAGGCAAACUCCAAGCUUUUGGAAAUGAAUGUUCCAUUGAACAGAUGGAACAUGUCCGAGGGUUGCAGGAGAAGCUUGCUCGUCUGCACUUAGAUCUGUACGGUGAGCUGGAGGAAAUGACUGAAGACAAACGCAAGAUGGCCAAGGAUUCCAAUCUCGACCGUCUCCUUUCUGAUCUGGAAGAACUCAAUUCUUCUAUACAAAAGCUUCACCUGGCAGAUGUCCAAGAUAUCCCAAAAACUACAGCUAAUUGAAGACUCUAUUGCCUAGGACUGUUUUCUGACUUUACACAUUCUCAUCUUCAAUACCUCAUACUUUUACAUUUGUGAAAUAGAUUUUUAUGGUUUUGGCGUUUUCAUUUCCAGGUUCAGAAAGUUGGGGUAAUGUGGGCUGAUAACUGUGGCAUAACAACAUCCUUGAUCUGAGUGUAGUCAAAAGUGUUUGUGGAUUAAGCAGUGAUCCUGUAAAUGUCCUCCUGUCAAAUGGCUUGUUUAAAACUAAUGCAACUUUUUUUUUUUUUUUCCUCGACUGUUCUGAAACCCAAUUAUUUCCAUUCCUCUCAUUAUUUUGUGGUGAAUAAGAAAUGACUUGUCUACAUUGCCAAGCAACUGCACUGGAACAAUCUACUGCAGACCUGGACAAGCUGUGCUCUCCAGGUGUUGUGAAACUACAAGUCCCAGCAUACUGAGCCAGCUGGUAGGUGAUCCUGGAAUUUGUGUUUCACAAAUCCUGGAGAGCCGCUGGAUAUCCAGGCCUGAUCUACUGUGUAACUUGUCCAAAUAUGGGAAGUUUUCACAGUUUGUUGAACUUGAUGCUUUUAUUAUUAUGUUUGUUAUGCUCCAAAGCUAUUGCCUUGUUAUUAAUUACGGUGGCAUACACUGCCCAGCUUAUUUAUCUUCAUUGUUUACAUGUUGACAAUCAAAAUGCUACUGAGUUUAAUGUAUAUUCUUGUGUAUGUUUACUUUUUAAACAAAUAGUUCUACGCAUAGCUUGUGUAUGCAGGCUAAAAAGUAUUUUUUUUUUAUUUUUUUAUGUGAUUUGCUCCUAACAGCAGUUUUGAUACUGUAUGUUUCAUUUUGUGUUAAAAUAUACUAAUAUUUGGUGAAAUUACUCUAUAUCAUACUGGCCAAAUAAAUUCAAAAUACAUUGCGAAAAGUGUAAGAUUUAAAUAAAAAAAAAAAUGCUUUAAGUUGCAUAUCCUUUACUGCAGGUGCUGUUUUAGUAAUGGGGGAAAAAAGGUAAGAUCAAUGGUUGUGAUACCUAUUUGGAUCCCAGUCAUAGUUCUUCUUCAUGUGAUGUACAAUAUAUUUUACAAUAACUGCUACAUUGGUCACAAAAUAAAACCAAUAAUUUUUCAUUCUUGGCUGAAUGUUUUGUUUAAAGUGUUGGUCUUAUGUUGUUACUAUGUGAUGUCAGUGCUUUGUACUCUAUCUUCAGGUACAUUUUAGGAUAUAAAUGAACAGCCUAACAUAUGCCAACAUGUAUACCAAAAUUAUACAUGCAGUUUUCUAAUAAAAUCUGAUAUUUCAGUUUC